GGCGGGCAACGGUGAAAACUGUACACACUCAAGUGAAGGUCCAUGCAUCGGCGAAAACUGUACAAAUCCUCCAACCACCCCACUUCAGACAACGGAAACAUCUGAAACAAUAGGAUCAUCGAGUUUACCCCCGUCCAGUGAACCACCAGAUGUUGAUGUCUGUGAAAGUGACCAGUGUAUGAAGUUGAAGGCGGCAAGAACAAUAAAAGUCAAAAUGGAUUUGAAUGUGGACCCAUGCGAAGACUUCUAUCGGUAUUCAUGCGGUGGAUGGUUGGACAACGUACAAGUUCCUGAUGAUUCUUUCAUGAUUGGUUCCUUCUCGACUAUUGAUAGAGACUCUACAUCCAAACUUAAGGAUAUGCUUAGCAACGAAACCCGUGCAAGCGACCCACUCUAUGAAGCAGUACCGAAGACCUUCUACGCUGCCUGUGUGAAUACAGAUCUAAUUGACGAAAGGGGAGCUAAGCCUUUUCUAGAUCUAAUCAGCACAGUCGGUGGUUUCCCUGUUAUAAAUAGCUUGUGGAGUGAAAGUGAUUUUAACAUGGAAGACCUAGUCAUUAAAUUACACGAAUUAGGUUUGACGCCCUUCAUGAGUUUGUAUGUGGAUGCAGACAAAGGCCAAAAGAAAACGUUCAUACUUGAUUUCCCAUACUAUGUUGUGAGUGACAGAAACGAGUCCAGUAACCGAGAAUUCGUCAUGGAAGCGCUGCGUCUUCUUGGUGCAAAUGAAGAUGUUUUAAAUAGAGAUUUUGAAGAGAUGAAUGCAGUCAAGCUCGCAGUUCUCCAGGCGCUGUAUAACUCAUCAGCUACGGUUGCUUACCCGAUUUCCAUCGAUCAACUACAAGAGAAAUACAAAUGGGUAGAAGAUAUAUUUUCCACAUUGCAUUUCUAA